AUGCCUGUUAAAGCUAUACCAAAAGUAUCUAUAGCUAGAAAUGGUGUAGGUACCUUAGUAGUACCAUGUAACAAAAUCCAAAUCCAAUACUGUAACUGGGGUGGAUCAUCUCAAGGUGUUCGUGAUUUGUUGACCAAUGGUCAAUUAAAUAAUUUUGCAUCGAAUAAUAAAAACAUCUUCAUUGAAGUUAUUAAAAAGUCUGGCCACCCAACGGCUACUUUCCAUUAUAGUAACAAGGAUAAAGUCAAUGAGAUCGAUAUCAAGAAUUUGAAAUUUAACGAAGUUUUGAAAAAAAUUAAUGAAUACAGUCAAAGAAGUGGUAAUGAGUUGUUCAAAUGGAAUCAUAAAGUGUUGAGUAUCAACCAAAGUACCAGGGGUAUUUGGUCUCCAAUGCAUGAAGCCAAGAGCGAUAGAUACAAAAUAUAA